AGAGGCAGAGAGAGAGAGGAACCAGACAGACUUCAGAGCCACUGAGGAGAAUCCAAAAAAAAAGAUUGAACAGCAGUCAGACCGGACUGGACUGAACCAGAGCAGAUCUACCUCCAGCACACGUUCUGUUUGUUCAGCCCCAGAAUGACUUCCUGUCUGUUGCCCCUCCUCUUCCUGUUUCUCUGCGUUUUCUCCAUCAUGGCCGAUGAACCGCCUGGCUGCAAGAUCCGCAUCACCAACAGAGGAUUGGAGAUGUUGAAGCUGGAGACACAGAAGUUUGUGGAAGAGGAGCUGAGCAACAUCACCAUGCCUGACAUGAAGGGCAAAGAGGGCCGCUUCCAGUACACAGUCUCAGAUGUGAAGAUAAUGGAGCUGGACCUGAAUCAUUCUGACCUGCGGUUCCAGCCAGAUCUGGGUCUGUUGUUUGACGUCCAGAACUCAUCCAUCAGUCUGAACUUCCACAGAAAGAUCCUCUACUGGUUCUUUUAUGAUACAGGAGCUAUCAACGCCUCAGCCGAAGGCGUCAACAUCAACACAGCUCUGCAUCUGGGCCGAGAUAAACAGGGCCGACUAAAGAUCAGCAAUGUCAGCUGUGAUGCGAAGAUCACCAAGAUGAGGGCCAAGUUCAGCGGCACGCUGGGGAGGGUUUAUGACUUCCUUGGAACCUUCUUGACGACAGGGAUGCGCUUCCUCCUUAACCAGCAGAUCUGUCCUGCCCUGGACCAAGCUGCACUGGUCCAUAUUAAUUCCAUGUUGGAGACCAUUCCAGUGAGGACAGAGGUGGACCAAUACAUUGGCAUUGACUACUCUCUGCUCAGUGACCCUGUGGUGACCUCCAGGAGCCUCGAUAUGAACUUCAGGGGCAUGUUCUUUGAGCUGGCAGAUGAGAACAGUUCUUUGGUGAACUAUGCGGUAGAUCCAUUCAUCAGAGAGUAUGACAGGAUGGUCUACCUGGCGCUCUCCGAGUUCUUCUUCGACAGUGGAAUGUUCUCCUACUACAAGGCUGGAAUCUUCCAGAUGCACAUCGCCAAUGAGAGGAUGCCUAAAGACAUGGAGAUGCUGCUUAGGACAACAUACUUUGGCACCAUAUUGAUGCUGAACCCUGCACUUGUGGAAGCUCCUCUCUCCCUCCAGCUUUCUGUCACUUCGCCGCCCAAAACCUCCAUUCAGACUUCCGGCGCAACGGUGGCUGUGACAGCUAUCGUUACUGUGAUGCUGCUACCGGCCAGCCAGCCACCAGUCCAGCUCAGCAGUAUGACCAUGGAAGCCAAGUUUAAAGCUAAAGUCUCAAUGAAAGGAAAACGGCUGGCUGUGCACACUGACCUUCGCAGAUUUAAAAUCUUCUCUAACCAGUCAGCGCUGGAAUCUCUGGCUCUGAUUCCAUUACAGGGCCCCCUGAAAACCAUGCUGCAGAUCUCUGUAGUUCCUCUCAUCAACAACUGGACUAAGAGAGGGGUUCAGAUUCCUCUGGCUGAUGGGAUGGAUUUCAUAGAGGAGGUUGUUGAAUAUCACAACGGCUACAUCGUGAUUGGCGCCAAUCUUCACUUCAGCAGUGGUCUGAGGGACAUCAUAGAAAGGAAGCUCCAUGGAGAGACUGGCAGGAACCAGAGUGCUGUUGCCCAUGUCUGAAGAGGACUCGAGUGCUUCGGGCAGCAGAAGUACCUCUGCAGACAACAGCCUACAUAUUAGACUGUAGAGCAAGUGGGGACUGGAAAUGUUGAUUCCAAGCUUGUCAUUUUGACCCCACGUGUUUUAGGCAAAUAUUGACUCACUUUCUAAACUAUGACUUAUCCGUGCUAUAGCCCCAGUAAACAUGGAGACUGAUGUAAACCCAAUAAUCCUGUCGGCACAUCUUCCUUGGUAUCCUCGUGUAUUGUAAAGAUAAUGUAGUGGGGCAAGUUUAGGCCCACUACUGGCAUCAGCCUUGGUAUGUGGAGCCGGACCAUAUAAACUACUGCUUUAAUGAACAUAAUAAAUCACUGACUCCUGAGAUAAGGGACAAAACAUGUUUUAGGUCUUCUGUUUUUUUUUAAAAUACAUUAAUUUGAAAUGGAUAUAUUCCUAGACAAAGGUCUAAGCUAACAAACAAUGUAAGGGAACAGGUUUUUGUAUUAAAGUACUUUUUAGGAAAAUUGACAUUUAUUCACUUCAUAACUUGGUCUGAGUCAGCUCCAUCAGACACACCAGAAAGCAUUAACUUGGUCAGUUCAACAAGUCCUCAAGUUUAUGGUGUAAUAAUGGUGUUCUGUAACAGAGUCCAGUCAUGAAAUGCAUUACAUACAGUUUUGUUCUGAUUUCACACUAUUUUGAAAAAUCCGAUUUCAAAAUUUCUCAACUUCGUAGUAUAUUCAUUUUUAAUAUGAAGCAUAUAUAAUCAAUGUUAUUAGGCAAAGAUGACACCACUGCAUGUAGCUCAGCUGGUGUUUUAAUAUAGAAAUACAAUACAUUGAACAAAGAGUAACACAUUUCUUUGAAAAAGGACAAAAACCUUCAUCUGAUGGUGUUGACAAACAACUGAUGGUGUUGACAAACAACUGACAGCGAUGAAACCUGAUGAAGUAUUUACAGAUAUUUUACUGACAACUGACUGAGACCAGACAAGCUUUGACAUGGAACCCUCGAGGGAAGAGGAAGAGAGGCUGGCCAAACAACAACUGGCAAUGGGAUCUCCAGGCAGACAUCAAGAGACUAGCAUGUAGGACCUGGCAUCAAAAUAAAAGUCAUGACCGAGAACUCUGGAGGUCCCUUGUGGACGGCCUACACCCCAGUUGGGGUGUCAGGCAUAACUGAACUGAACUGAUUGAGAUGACAACAGACUAAGAAAACUAACUAAUAAGGUUUUUAAAGAUACUCAGUUGUAAUUGUAUUAUACGUAGGCUCCAGAAUCCUUCCAGUGGUUGUCCUUCCUCUUUCCCAUGGCUCACUGGAACAUCAAAGAAAACUGUCAGACUCGUAAUAUGUCAGUAUGUCUCAGUAAAGUU